CUGUGGUCAGGGAGCCGCCGAGCACAGCUGCGCAGUGGCGGCAGAGCGUCCGAUCCCUGGCUCACGGCCCUUCAGCCCCUGCCCAAGAUGAUUCCAGCAGUGGUCUUGCUCUUACUCCUUUUGGUUGAACAAGCAGCCGCGCUGGGAGAGCCUCAGCUCUGCUAUAUCCUGGACGCCAUCCUGUUUCUGUAUGGUAUCGUCCUCACUCUGCUCUACUGCAGACUUAAGAUCCAGGUGCGGAAGGCAGCUAUAACCAGCUUCGAGAAAUCAGAUGGCAUUUACACGGGCCUGAGCACCCGGAACCAGGAGACUUAUGAGACCCUGAAGCAUGAGAAACCACCCCAGUAACUUUAGAACAGAUGCCCUUGGCCACCUCCUUCCCCUCCUGGUUCUCCUCCUAGCCCUCAGGUCAGCGUCUCCUUUGCCUCCCGUUAAAGCCAGCUGGCCACCUCUUUAAUGAUGCUAUGUCCCCCAUUACUGCACACCAGUGGUUCUUCCUCCCCACCGAAGACCUCUGCUCAGAUGCUAAUCAUUAAUGUUUAUAUUCUAAUCUCACUGCCUUUCCCCACCCUUCUCCUUCCCGUCUCCCACUCCCACUCAACAAUGGAAAGAGAGUACCACCAAUAAAGCCGCUGCAACCUGGA